AUGCAAUCCAGCUCGUACAGCCAGCUUGAUUUGGGCGAUUUAGAUAGGUUGUCGAAUCAGCUCACUGCGUUUAGACGGAGCCUAAGUGGGAAGUUGAUGUACGCAGAGGGCUUCCACGGAACAUUGAGUGCACUUGAUACGCAGCAGCAACGUCUCAGCGCUAGUCUCGACAUGGUCAGGAAGACUGAGCUCCUGCAAUCCUCGUUGCGCUUACUCGAUAUGGCAAUCGAUGAGCGUGACUAUGACCAGGCCAGCUUAUAUGCACAGAGAGCGCUGAACAUACCCCACUCAAUAAUCACCAGCCAAUUCGCAGAUACGGUCGUUCCUUCAACCCACCACCCAGAACCACCGCUGCAGCGAUUGGACAACAGUCUAGACACCCUAAACGAAAUCUUCAUCUCUCACUUCAACCAAGCCAGCCAGUCACUAGACCAGGCUGAGAUAUCGCGCUUUUUCAAACUUUUCCCAAAAAUUAACCGCAAGCAGGAUGGUAUAACUGCCUAUUCAUAUUUCGUAGUCAAGCUGAUUCAGCGCAAGUUUAAGGGUGGCAUGGAUAGUCUCGACAGUCUCAGAGCGCUCCUCGACAGCAUAGCGAGUGUAUUGGAAGAUCACCAGCCAGUUGUGCACAAGUAUUACGGAAGCGAGUAUAUGGUGACUGUGCUGCACAGUCUGCUGGCUGAACUGGAUGACAAAGCCAACGUCAUCUUUCUUAAUUGGACUCGCAACUUGUCUACCUUAGAAAAUGGCGAAUUGAAGCAUAUCAAUACGGAAAUAUCUCAACUCUCAGGUUUAGCUUCACACUGGGCUGCGUUCAAGCUAUUUAUCAUGUCAAAUUUGAAUACAGACGAUUCUAUGAAACAUAUUCUCAGCUCAUCCACCACUGCCCACCUACUCCGACAACACAUUAAUGAUACCUAUAUUCCUUUAGAGAUGGCACACUUUAAGUCCACCAUGAAAGAAGCUCUAGAAGCUAAUGAGAUAGACGAAGAUGCUCUUCCUUAUACGUCCUCUAUCCUUGAAGACACUUUUUACAUUUACAAAGGAUUACUUGAUAGACUGGUAGGAUGUGGAGAUGUAUCUGUGCUGAAGAAUGCAGUCGAUGGCAUUAUCAGGGUCUUCCAGCAGUCUUUCAUCGAAAAGAUGCAGAUGGAUUUUGACAACAACAUCAAGCCCCGUACAAGCAAGAUGAUAGCACAGCAGUCGAAAGUUGGCGGUAGCACUGCUGGCAGUCGUAGCAAGGCGCUGAAAAUUGCGGUGUGUCUGAACAACUUGGACAUAUGCUCCGAGUAUAACAUGCGCAUACUGUCGGAUUUACCCAAGGAUAGCAAUCUACACCGGUUUUACGACCCUGAGAAUAUUGCCCCAGUCAAAGAUCAACUCCUCCGGCUAAAAGAGAUAUCCGACCACGUUCAAACCAGUUUGACUAGCUGCCUCAACACACUUUUUGCAACCACAUUCAAAAACCCCAUCAAAGACUGCCUCAAAACCUCAAUGGACGUGACUAAUUAUGACAAGAACGCUGACGCACAAUCUAAAGUGUUUGUGACAAUGUUUGAGCGCGAGUGGAGUGCCGUGUUCGAUAAAUGGAAUAAUAGCCUCACUGCGAACAAUUUUGACGAGGUGUUUAUCAAGUCAACGACGCAUCUGAUCCAGCUAUGGGAGAACUUCGUAUUGAAUUCUCACACUUUAAAAUUCAGCGUUAGCGGUGCAAUCCAAUUCGAGAAGGAUGUCUAUGACCUGCUUGGUUAUCUCAGUGGAUUGUCGAACGUAGGAAUCAGAGAGCUGUUUAGUCGCAUAAGACAAAUAAGCUCCGUUCUUAAUGAGCAAGGAAGUAGCACCUCAAGAAAUUAUUGGAAACUAACCGCGAGCGAGAUUUCUACACUAAAAUCAAUGAAGCUAGCGAAUGAUAGCCUUUGA